AUGACGCCUCACCAGACCCUCCCCCCCUGCUGCGAGCUGCUCCUGCUUUUCAAUCUCCUGUGGUGCUUGUGGGGUUCCGAAGCUGGGCAGAUCCGCUACUCUAUUCCUGAGGAACUAGACAAAGGUUCCUUCGUGGGCAGCAUCUCCAAGGACCUGGGUCUGGAGCCCCGCCAGCUGGCGGAGCGCGGGGUCCGCAUCGUCUCCAGAGGUAGGUCGCAGCUUUUCUCCCUGAACCCGCGGAGCGGCAGCUUGGUCACCGCGGGCAGGAUAGACCGGGAGGAGCUGUGCGCCCAGAGCGCGCCCUGCCUCGUGAGCUUUAACAUCCUUGUGGAGGAUAAACUAAAUCUUUAUCCCGUGGAAGUGGAAAUAGUAGACAUUAAUGACAAUGCACCACGAUUCUUAAAGGAAGACUUGGAAGUAAAAAUUCUCGAAAAUGCGGCUCCAUCCUCUCGUUUUCUACUAAUGGGUGUCUAUGAUCCCGAUGUGGGAGUGAACUCCAUUCAGAGCUUCAAGCUCAGCGGCAGUAGUCACUUCUCAGUACAUGUGCAAAGCCAAGCCCACGGGCCCAAGUACCCGGAGCUGGUGCUGGAGCACACCCUGGACAGGGAGGCAGAAGCGGUUCACCAUCUGGCCCUUAUUGCCAUGGAUGGUGGUGACCCUGUCCGAACAGGCAUGGCACGAAUUCUGGUAACUGUCGUGGAUGCGAAUGACAAUGCUCCAGUAUUUACUCAGCCUAUCUAUCGUGUGAGUGUUCCUGAAAAUCUGCCAGUGGGUACAAAAAAGUUAACAGUUAAUGCCACUGACCAGGAUGAAGGGGUCCACGCAGAAAUAACAUACUCCUUUGUGACGAUCACAGAAGAGAUCUCACAGAUUUUCUGCUUAGAUCGUGUAACUGGAGAAAUUUCCACUUCUGAAACUCUAGACUAUGAGGAUUCAAAAUUUUAUGAGCUGGAUGUUGAAGCCCGGGAUCAGCCAGGUCUGCAAGACAGAGCAAAAGUUCUAAUAACCAUCUUGGACGUGAACGACAAUGCUCCAGAAGUGGUUGUUACAUCUGGUAGCAGAGCAAUCGCUGAAAACGCACCUCCAGGGACAGUAAUUGCUCUUUUUCAAGUUUAUGAUAAAGACUCUGAACAGAAUGGCCUGGUAACAUGCUCCGUCUCAGAAAGUCUCCCAUUUAAACUGGAAGAAUCACUAGACAAUUAUUUUCGAUUGGUGACAACUACAGAACUGGAUCGGGAACAGGUGUCCUCAUAUAACAUCACUGUGACAGCCACUGACAGAGGAAUACCACCUCUGUCUACAGCAAAGUUCAUCUCCUUGGAUGUGUCAGACAUUAAUGACAACCCACCAGUUUUCUCCCGUUCCUCCUAUUCUGUUUAUGUCCCUGAGAAUAACCCUAAAGGUAUCUCCAUCUUCUCUUUGAAGGCAGUGGACUCUGACAGCGAAGAGAAUGCCGAGAUUAUCUACUCUCUGACCAAAGAAACCCUCCAGGGUACACCUCUAUCCUCUUUCCUCUCUAUCAACUCCAACACUGGUGUCCUGUAUGCACUGUGUUCCUUUGACUAUGAACAGUUUAGAGAACUAAAUCUACUGGUGUCAGCCAGUGACAGAGGGAAACCCCCACUUAGCAGCAUUGUGUCACUAAACUUGUUUGUGCUGGACCAGAAUGACAAUGUACCUGAGAUCCUGUACCCUGUCCUACCCACUGAUGGUUCUACUGGUGUGGAAUUGGCUCCCCGCUCUGCAGAGCCUGGGUACCUAGUGACGAAGGUGGUGGCGGUGGACAAAGACUCAGGGCAGAAUGCCUGGCUGUCCUACCGUCUGUUCAAGGCCAGUGAACCAGGGCUCUUCUCAGUGGGACUGCACACGGGUGAGGUGCGCACUGCUCGGGCCCUUCUGGACAGAGAUGCUCUGAAGCAGAGCCUGGUGGUGUCUGUGCAAGACCAUGGCCAGCCCUCACUCUCAGCUACUGUCACACUCACUGUGGCUGUGGCCAGCAGCAUUCCGGACAUCCUGGCUGACUUGGGCAGCCUUGAUCUUCCACACAAAUCUGAUGACUCAAGCCUUACAAUCUACCUGGUGGUGGCAGUGGCCACUGUCUCUUGCAUCUUCUUUGCUUUUGUGAUGGGGCUGCUGGUGCUCAGGCUGUGGCACUGGCAUAAGUCAAGACCACUGAAGGCCACAAGGAAAGAUGUGUCAAAUAUGUCCACUUCACACUUUGUGGGUAUUGAUGGGGUGCAGGCUUUUCUGCAGACCUAUUCCCAUGAGGUCUCCCUCACAGCAGACUCCAGGAAGAGUCAUCUGAUCUUUCCCCAGCCCAACUAUGCCCACACCCUCAUCAGUCAGGAGGGCUGUGAGAAAAAUGAGCCUUUAUUAACACAGGAAGACUCAACUUUUUGUAAAGAGGAAGACUCUCUUGACCAGAUGGUGCAGUAA